CCCGCUUCAGCUUUUUCCAUCGUUCCGAACUUGGAAACAGAGAGGUCGAAAGGAAAGAGAGAGAAACGAUCUCCAUAAAAGGUUCUGCUGCAUUAUACUACUGCUCGUCUCGGUCCCUCGGAGACAAAAAAUCUUCAUCGCCAUAAAAUCAGCUACUCCCUGUUGGAAGAACUGUUGGUAGAAAAGUGUUUAUCGAUGCUCUGAAUGCUGUGCUGUGUGCUGUGUGCUGUGUGCUGUGUGCUGAGUUGUUUGGAGUUUAAUUGGAAGUUGAGGAUUCUCUUAGUUUGGGGAAAAGGGUCUCUUUUAGAGACUGGAGACGGUAAAGAAAAGAAUAAUCUAUGGAGGGAGACGCAGGAAAAGAUUUGGUAUGCCAGAAGAUUAUGGAUGGGAAGGUGACUGAAGAUAAUGGUCUGGCAAAGACUAUCCCUUCUUGUUGCCUGAAAGCAAGGGCUUCAGCACCUGAGCUUGAAGCAAAAUGCCACUCCACAGUCGUUUCUGGGUGGUUCUCAGAACCUCGGUCUUGCUCUGAUGGGACUGGCAACCUGCUUUAUUACAACAAUCCUAUGUGGCCUGGGGAGGCACAUUCACUUAAAGUAGAGAAGAUUUUAUACAGAGACACAUCAGAGUACCAAGAGAUCUUGGUUUUUGAGUCCUCAACAUAUGGAAAGGUCCUCGUGCUUGAUGGUAUUGUUCAGUUGACUGAGAAAGAUGAAUGUGCCUACCAGGAGAUGAUAGCUCAUCUUCCCCUUUGUUCGAUUCCAUCUCCUAAAAAUGUUCUGGUUGUAGGUGGUGGCGAUGGUGGGGUUCUCAGGGAAAUUUCUCGCCAUAGAUCUGUAGAGCACAUUGAUAUUUGUGAGAUAGAUAAGAUGGUGAUAGAUGUGUCUGAGAAGUUUUUUCCAGAUUUAUCUGUUGGAUUUGAGGAUCCUCGUGUCAAACUUCAUAUUGGUGAUGCUGCAGAAUUUUUAAGGCAUGUACCUGAAGGGAUGUAUGAUGCAAUUAUUGUGGAUUCAUCCGAUCCUGUGGGUCCUGCUCAAGAACUUGUUGAAAGGCCAUUCUUCGAGACAGCAGCAAGGGCAUUAAGGCCCGGUGGUGUUCUUUGUAGCAUGGCAGAAAGUAUGUGGCUCCACACACACCUUAUUCAAGAUAUGAUCUCUAUUUGCCGUGAAACAUUCAAGGGUUCUGUUCGUUAUGCUUGGGCCAGUGUUCCUACCUAUCCAAGUGGUGUGAUUGGGUUUCUGAUAUGCUCAACGAAGGGACCACCUGUUGAUUUUUUGAAUCCUAUUAAUCCCAUAGAGAAAGUAGAAGGAGCUAUUAAGUUCAGGAGGGAACUCAGGUUUUACAACUCAGAGAUACAUUCAGCUGCCUUCGCCUUGCCAUCAUUUGUUAGGAGGGAAGUGAGUGUUCUUCGUGACUCCCAAUCCUCUGUACAGGGAAUCUGCGUAUCGUAGCUUAAUUGAUUGGCAAAUUGUUUCCCAAUUAUCUUUCUAGAUGGAAAUGCGUGUCUGCUACAAGGACAGUCAAUAUAACUAUUUCAACUUACGUACACUUCUAUCUAAAUGUCAUGACCUAUUUGAGAUCUUACAAUAUUCUUGUUCUGUUUUUGUAUGUGAAAUUGGAUUUUUUUGAACAUCGACCAAAGAUAAAGGGAAAUAUUUGCAUGUCUUUUAAAAUAUAUAUCACUUAGAGAAA